UUUUGUGGCGCUGAGUCACCUUUUUACAAUUUUUGUUUUAUCGGAAAAUGUCGAGGCAGCUUUGCUGCUACCCAGUGGAAAAAGGAAAGAACUGCAACUACCUGCUGCCCUCGUCGACGCUUGUUAUUUUCUUUUUUUGGGGGGUGGUGACCGUUUGACUUGUGCUUGAUUAAUACCAGAAAAACUCGUUUGUUUUGUUCGGUAAAUGUCAGACAGGAAUAUUGUGAACGCGUUUGGAAGAGACGAUUUCCGGUGUGUCAAGUGGUCGUUUCCGCUCCGACGAACGCUUCAAUUCAAGUCAAGAAAGAUGAGCCAAAUCGGAUACUCGAGCAAAGCUGACGUGCUGAGCGGCUACCUGACGGAGCGGCUCAUGCAGGUGCUGCGGGACAUCGUGGACGUGGUGGAGGACGCGGUGAGCGAGUACCGGGAAGAGACGCUACGAACGCGACUGGAGAACGAGAGCCUGCGGCGGCAGCUCGGCGAUUUCCUGAGGCCGCCUGACGACGAGCUUCGGGCCCGGCCGCAGCCUCCUGGCUCCAGCACGCGUCUUGUUGCUUGUGACCAGGAGCGAGUGUGUGCCCCCAAUCGCAUCCAAACGCCCCCGGCGAGCACGUCCAAGCGUACAGGGGCCCCCUGCCCAGACGAGGCCUUACCCAAAGUGCUUGUCGUUCCAGCCCCGCCACUCAGAGAGGAGGCUCCCAACACUCCUGUCAUCAAACAGGAACAGGACGAGUUGAAGGUCACGUCUCGCAAGAAUUGUGCAGAGUUGGCCGUGGCCAGCGUGCACGUGAGUAUUUCUGAGGGAAGGACUGACGUCAGCGUGGCGAAGGAGCAACAGCAAGCGGAAAGAAAUGGCCAGUUUGGGGGGACGGCAGCACCAGGCGCCAUCGUGUACGAGUGUCCCCGCUGCGGUGAGGUCUUCGCUCAGGCAGCCCGGCUGCGCCUCCACCUGGACCAAAAACGCAAGACAUACGCCUGCAACUGGUGCUGCAAAUCCUUCGCACAGUCGGCCGAUCUGCGGCGGCACGUGCGCACGCACACGGGCGAGCGGCCGCACCGCUGCACCUUCUGCCCCAAGAGCUUCAGCCAGCGGGGAAACCUUCGGCGGCACGUGCGCAUUCACACGGGCGAGCGGCCGUACAGGUGCGUUGUGUGUCGACGCACAUUCAGUGACGGAGACACGCUCAAGAAACACGCUCGCACUCACACACACCACAAAGCGCACGACAAGCACGGCGGCGCUGUAAGCUUUGGCGCUGGCACGUGACUGACGUGCAGCUGUGUUAGGAAUCGCGCCCAAGCUACCUUAUAGUCAUUAACAGCGGCAACACAAGAUGGCUGCCCUCUGCCUACAGCCCAAUUGUAAAUCCAGGUUCUGCCAAUUAGCAUUUUUAAAACUUUAGCUGCAUUAGCCAAUAAAGUAUUUGAUAGUGACCAGUGUGCUGGGCAUCAGGUCAAAAGUUCCUUUUUUGUAUUUAUUGAUUUGCUCUUCAAUGAUCUGCGGUACAAUAAAGGUUUCAAAAUGUA